AUGACUGAUAAAGUAUUGGCUAAUGGUAAAGGUUCUAAGAAAAGGUCUGUUCAUGAUAUUGAUGAUGAAGGAGAUGAUGUUCAAGAUUUGAUGGGUUCUGGUUUGACGGAAGGCAGCGAUGACGAGGACGAUGAGGAAGAAGAGGAAUUUGCGUCUGCACAGGAGGACGAAGACGAUUCAGACGCUGAAUUCAAUAGGUUGUUAGCUGAAGAUGAAGAAAAUGCCGAAAAUGAAGAGUACAAUACUUCAGACUAUUCUGACAACGACACUGGUUCUAUGGUUGAUAAACUUUCCGGGGUUAAGUUGGAAAACAUUGCAGACAUGUCUCAUAUCAUCUCGAAGUAUUCAGAUGGUUCUGUUAGAGUCAUCAAGCCUGAAAUUGAUGCUGUUUAUGAUAGCGAUGAUAGUGAUGUUGAAACUAAGAAUACUAUUGGUAAUAUUCCCUUAUCUGCAUACGACGAAAUGCCACAUAUUGGUUACGAUAUCAACGGUAAGAGAAUCAUGAGACCAGCCAAAGGUUCCGCUUUGGAUCAAUUAUUGGAUGAAAUUGAAUUGCCAGAAGGUUGGACAGGUCUCUUGGAUCAAGAAUCGGGUUCGAGUUUGAAUCUAUCCCAGGAAGAGCUGGAACUGAUCUCGAAAAUUCAAAGAAACGAACAAACUGACGAGAGCACGAAUCCAUACGAACCUUUGAUCGAUUGGUUCACAAGACAUGAAGAAAUAAUGCCAGUCACCGCUAUUCCUGAACCAAAGAGGAGAUUCGUUCCUUCGAAACAUGAAGCUAAGAGGGUCAUGAAAAUCGUUAGAGCUAUCAGGGAAGGUCGUAUUAUUCCUCCAAAGAAAUUAAAGGAAAUGAGAGCAGAAGAAGAAAAUCAUAACUUUGAUCUAUGGGGUGAUGCUGAAGAAAUGCCAGAUCAUGUAAUGACUCUAAGGGCUCCUAAAUUGCCACCACCAACAAACGAUGAGAGUUAUAACCCACCAGAAGAAUACUUACUGACAAAGGAAGAACAAGAAGAAUGGGAGAAUACAGAAUAUAGCGAGAAAGAGAAAAAAUACCUUCCACAAAAAUACUCAGCACUAAGAAAAGUUCCAGGUUAUACUGAAUCUAUUAGAGAAAGAUUUGAAAGAUCCCUAGAUUUAUAUCUAGCUCCUCGUGUUCGCAAAAACAAACUAAAUAUCGACCCUGAUUCUUUGAUACCAGAACUUCCUUCUCCAAAGGAUCUGAGACCAUUCCCAAUCCGUGGUUCCACCAUCUAUGCUGGCCACCAAGGUAGAAUUCGUACUUUGUCGAUCGAUCCAUCCGGUCUAUGGCUAGCAACUGGUUCAGAUGACGGUACCGUUAGAAUUUGGGAAAUUUUGACCGGCAGAGAAGUCUACAAGGUUACUUUAGUAGACGUUGAAGAAAACACAGAUGAUCAUAUUGAAUGUUUGGAAUGGAAUCCUGAUAAGGAAACUGGUAUUCUGGCCGUUGCUGUGGGUGACAACAUUUACUUAAUAGUUCCACCAAUCUUUGGUUUUGAAAUUGAAAAUCACGGUAAGACAAAGAUUGAAUAUGGUUUUGGUUUCGAUAAUUUCGGUAAUGUUAAGAAAGCAGGUAUAAACGUUGAAGAAGAUGAAGACGCAGAAGAAGGUGCUGCCAUGAAAAAGAUUGUUGCUCAAUGGAACAAACCAUCAGAGAAACAACUUGCCCAAGAUAUUAGCAUUGUCAUUACAUGUAAGAAACCAGUAAAGAAGUUAUCAUGGCAUAGAAAGGGUGACUAUUUCGUCACAGUUCAACCUGACUCUGGUCACACGUCUGUUUUGAUUCAUCAAAUGUCUAAACAUUUAACACAAUCUCCAUUCAGAAAAUCUAAGGGUAUAAUCGUUGAUGCUAAAUUCCAUCCAUUCAAACCACAAUUGUUUGUAUGUUCUCAAAGAUAUAUUAGAAUUUACGAUUUGUCUCAACAAUUGUUGAUUAAAAAGCUAUUACCUGGUGCACGUUGGUUAUCAAAGAUUGACAUCCAUCCAAGAGGUGAUAAUGUUAUUGCAUCUUCGUACGAUAAGAGAGUAUUGUGGCACGAUUUGGAUCUUGCCAGCACACCAUACAAGACAUUAAGAUUCCACGAUAAAGCAGUCAGAUCUGUCAACUUCCACAAGAGAUUGCCAUUAUUUUCCUCUGCUUCAGAUGAUGGUUUCAUUCAUAUUUUCCACGCAACUGUAUACGAUGACAUGAUGAAGAACCCAAUGAUUGUUCCAUUAAAGAAACUAACAGGCCAUAAAAUCACAAACAGCCUGGGUGUGUUAGAUACCAUAUGGCAUCCAAGAGAAGCUUGGUUGUUCUCUGCUGGUGCAGAUAACACUGCUCGUCUAUGGACAACGUAA